AAGAAAGGUACAAUAUCAUCGCGCAACUGAUGCACAAACCAGCUCAGCUGGUGACUAUUAUCUGGAGUUGUCCAGAGUUGGCCAGCGUAACACCGUUUGCUUUGUCACCACUAACUUGCAUUUAGAAAUAUAUUUUCUGGCCUGAUUAAGCUUUUCUAGACGCAGAACGAGAGUCAUUUUGCAAGUGUCCUUCCAUUCGCUACCAUGCCAACUGUGACAGUUCUCACUGUAACGAUUUCUUUCGAGACCAGUGAACAGUCAGUCCAAAACGUUGAUUCAAAGGAAAAAUUGAAGCUAGAAUCUGAUACGCCAAGGUGAAACUACACAGUCGAUCGGCAUCGACACGCAGUGUGUAUCCGCACUAACGUUGAGUGAAGUGCAUUAAGCUCUGAGUGAAUUGUGGUCAUCGAGAUCCUGAAUCGGGAAACCAUUCGUUAAGGAAUACAAUGCAAAUUGGAUUAGGAGUCACUAUCAGGUUCGGAAAACUCAGGGAAAGGAGUCUUAAUUCGAAUACUCCUCCUGGUUAAGAUGUUGAAUAUGAGAGAAGUUCUCUGGCAUCGCAAUUCUGAGAAGCUAUGAAGCAGACAAAGCUUCAAGUUUAGUUGAUAGCUUGAGAUCUGCUACAUUUGUCAUACCUUCUCGGAGAGGGCUCUUGAGAAUGUAUCACACGGUGGAGGACACGUCAUAAUCGACGAGUGUGGACAGUGUACUACUGAAUCAUAUAAGCUCACUCCCCUGCCAACUUGUUUGAAAGUUGCUGUCUUAAUUUGGUUCGAAGAGAGGAAAGAGUCAGCUCGAAGCCAUUGCCCGAUGGAUCAGAAGCUUGUGCGAUGCAUGACCGCCUUGAAAGAUGAAGCAGAAGCAGCUCGUAUGGGUGCCAGCGCUUCUGAUCUUAAUUCUCUUAUAUCCGACGUUGCUGACUUGUGCAAACAAGCUCUGUCGGACGAGGACGUUUCUUUUGCACUAGCCUUGGUCUUUGACAGAGAAGAUGGUAUUUUUUCUAUUGUGCAGUUGCUUCUGUCCAUCAAGGAAAGAUCAGUUGUCAAGGCUAGGGAGACUUCUUUAAACUUUGUCUCCGAGUUCAUUGAAAAGGUUGGCGAACGUAUCCUCCCACACGUUUCCUUUCUGAAGGAAAACUGCCUACUAAUAUUCCGAAGGGAUGAUUCGAAAGCAGUUCAGGCUGCAGCCUUAUCCCCUCUACUUUCGCUGCUGGAAACAGAAAUUACUAGGAAACACAUAACGGUUGCCAAUUUAGAUUGGACUUUUGGAGAGGUACUACUGAUUGAGUAUCGCAAAGCCAAAACUUCUGGCACCUUAAGAUCAAGUAUUCUCAUAUUGCUGGGAUAUCUUGUCGAGUAUUUUCCUCAUACAUUCAGUGAGGAGAAUGUAAAUACCUUGCUGAAGAUAUGUUUGGAUACGUUGGAGGAACAGCUUCGGCAGUCAAAUAAGGAUCCCUUGUUUGUGCUGGUUUCGGGAGUGAUAAAAUGUUUAGACUCAUUACUGUCCUGGUUCGAUGACUCACUACCAGCAGGAGGUUCUGUUGAGGCCUCCAGAAAGAUCUACAUAUUUUUGCUGCAAGUUGUCUACUAUCGAGAGGAUAUCAAGCGCUAUGAAGUGGUCAGAGCUGGUUUGAGGUUACUUUCAAGACAUGCGGGUCGUUUUGCCCUACGACUGGUCGAAGAUAGCAAGGACAUACUUAGCUGGUUGCAAGUCUACUGCAUACAUACAAAUGCGCCGCUGAGAGACGCAGGUAUUCUAGCGUUCAACGAGUUCAUCUCACAAGUCUCAAAUUGUCUUAUCCACGAGGAAAGCAGAUUACAGAACGUUCAAGAGCGCUAUAAACACUUCAUGACAACAUUCUUCGACAUUCUGGAUGCCCCGUCUGUGGAUAAAAUGUUACUAUCCCUCGCGAUACGAGGUGUGGGGAAGCUUUCACCUCUAAUUGUGAAGUAUUCUGGGAAGGAAACCCUUGAAAAAGUGUUUCAUAGGCUCUCGUCUCUCGGUGGAACCACCACAACAAGAGGCGGGGAGGUAUAUGAAAAUUACAUUGGGCAUUCUGUGAUCUUGAUUGGAGCUUUUGCGGACAUUGUCAAUCACUUUGAUCGUGUCGAGGACUUCAUGGUGUCCUUUAUCGCUGAGGUGACUGGCAAUAUUUUCUACCAGUUUCCCGAACUUUAUCCGAAGCAAAAGCAGGGCGUAUACAACACCAUGUCUGCGUUUUUUAAGGCCAUGUAUCCGAAGGGGCCUAUCUUUUCGAUCUUUCUCAGUAACGUUGUUUGGUCUACACUUGAAAGGACAAUGGAGACAUCAGAAGGAGUGUCCGGGGACGUAGGGCUGCCACUUUGGCCUCACUACGUUGAGCUGUGGUCUUCCCUUUUGGAUUCGUUAAAAGUAUCAGUCGGAGAACAAGGUGCUGUUCCUGUUGCCGAAACAGAUGAUGAACAUAUGUCUGGUGAACUUCUUCUUGGAAAUGGAACCACGGAUGUUACGGAGAUUCAAGGACUAGUAUUUGACACGAUUGUACGAAGUAUCAUGAAGGCUUUGACUGAGUUGAAUCUCAAGUACAGAGUGAGGGCAAGCAACAGUUUGACAUCUGCCCAAGAAGAAGCAGAUUCCUCCUUGGUGGAACCGGAAACUGAGCUCGAAAAUAUUGAGCCUCUGAAUCUGGUGCACAUGCGCAAGUACCUCAAUCUGGUGGAGUUUACCCAGGACUUUUUGUCACGUCCCUACGCUCAUCUCUUCAUGAAAUGGGUUCAUCCCUUUUCAUGCUGUGUGAUGGAGCUUUCACAUCAGUAUCCUCUCAUCAGUGGAAAUUACAAGCUUUUGACAAUCACUAUCACAGGGGCAGACUCCAUCGGUUUUUUCCAAUCUAAAGAUCUGUGCAAAGUUUCAGGACAUGAUGCUGAUGAGAUGGUAACAGAAGAGGAGUGGAAGGUUCUUCUUCGAGCACCAAAAGAUCAGUUAGAACCGCAGAGAGGACUACCUGUUUCUUCAGAGCACCAGCGCCUUUGCCAGCAGUUGUUCCGCCAUUAUCUUCAGGAAGUAUUGGUUGCCAGUAGGCGGUAUAAGCUUGAACUCUUGGCAUCGUGCCUGCGGCUUUGUCUAUCUGCUCCUCCGGUGCUCAUUGACAUCGGAUCCUUGGUAGCGCCGAUGCAGAAUGCCUUCAAGAUUGGCCUAAGGUAUCCACCACUUGCAUCAGUAGCUAUGGAUGCACUGGAACGCUGGCAUCGACUAUAUCCACGCGAGUUGGAAAUUUGGCUGCCUACAAUUGUUCGAUGCUUAAGUGAUUACAUGGCUGAGGUGGAGACCACUGAGCUGUCUGAUAGUUCGCCAUCUGACCUGACAACACUCGAAUCAAGCAGCAGUCGGGAAAGCCUAUCACGGCUACAGUUGGCGCGAUUGAAGAAAACCAGAGCUCAGGCUUCUCAGGCUGGACCUUUCGAGCUGACACAAAUUCGUAUACAAAAGUUUUUGGGACAAAUUGGAGGAUUUAAUCAUCACCUAGUGCCUGAAUUGAACUUACUGCAAUUGGCUGGCACUGGUGGCCUUGCGUGGGAUUCUGUUGAUCGUCUACAAUUCACUAUACCGUUCAGGGAUGAGAAGUACGACAUCUGGCUAGAUCCUCUUCUAUCUAGAGUAGUGGAGUUGGCUGUUUCGUCAAGUGACCGUAGGAUCAAAGUAACAGCGAGCGAGCUUCUCCAGGCUUUAUCCUUGGUCAUGCUUGGGAAUUCUGCAAAAGGUCCUCUUCUUCGGAAAAAUGAGAAGGAUCAAUCGGUUUAUCUGGACAAAAUUUACAAACGACUUCUUCCAGCCGUUCUUCGUCUGGCUGUUGAUGUGGAGCAGGUUACACGGCAGCUGUUCAAUGAGUUUGUCAAGCAGCUCAUACACUGGUUCACCAGUAACUUGCAGAAAGAAAAUCCUGAGACAAUGGCACUCUUAGAUGCGAUUCUUGAUGGGCUUGUGGAUGCUGAAAAUGGCUCGCUCAGAGAGUUUUGCGCGUCCUGUUUUGGAGAGUUCAUGUCCUGGUCUGUACGGCAUACACUGCCGGAGAACGACGACUUCGUGAAUAUUGCUUCUAUGCUUCGUCGACUUUACAAUCGAAUGGAUCACCCAAAUCCUUACAAGCGGCUAGGUGCAGCAAUGGCAGCUCACCGAAUAUAUCCAGUCUUGAGGGGAAAUCCAAAUAUAGUGGAUCGUUACAUUUUUGAGUUGAUAUUUUUCUGCGUCAAGAGUUUGCGACUCGCUGAGUCUGAUGACGUCCAAACAGGCACCGCUAAGCAGGUGAACAAGACUUUAGACGAGUACAUGAAGCUGGUGGAGCGAAAUAUAUCUGCAUUGCAGCGCUCAAGGAAAGAUAGACCUAUGUUCUUGACUUUGGAUGACUUCCUGGAGUGGCUGCUACAUCAAUCAGGACAGUUACAAGAGGCAUGUCGGUCAAGAUGCAUGAGAAUCUUAAGCUAUAUUUGUCGUUUACUGCCGGCGGGUUCCUUGGCAAGUUGGUAUCGUUCAAAACUGGACCAUGGCGCGGACAUGGAAAGCAUCAUUGGAGUUUUUAAUUAUGAAGAAGAAGAUCGACCAUUUGAUGUUUGGUCCAUUGAAGAAGCUCGACAUCAGCUGGCUGUCUUUACUCGGUCGCUUCAUUGGUAUGCAUGGGCAUUAAGACAGGAAAUGAUAACCACAAGAGAGCUGCUUGGCAAAACCAGAAGUAGUUUCGUCGUGAGUAGUUUUCUUCACCGAGUUUUCACCGGGCAUGACUCAAACUCUGAGUGGAGUUCAGUAACUCCUGGAGAACGAGAAUCACAUCGUAAGCUGGUUUGUGGUGCUAUAGUCCAUCUCCUCGGCUAUAUCAGGCAAAUCGUUGACAGUGAAUUGGGAACUAGAGAAACCGGAGUUUUUUUACCUCGUCGAGUGGAUAAAGGAGCGGUUGAUAUGCAGCUCAUGGAGGGACUCCUACCUUUUUCCGAGCCUGACUUCUUCGAGUUGAUGUGCCUAGCUUUGCUGCGUCCCCGCGACUUGGGCUUCGUGGCUACGGAUUCUCAUCACGCAGAAGAGCUUGCUAAAUUAUCUCUGGGUGUGAUUCAAAGACUGUCAGUUGUGUCUUCCGACUUCAAGGAGGGUUUGACGAAGAGAUUGAUGGUCCUACUUGCUGAUAACAAGUUUGACUUGAGUGGUAUUGACCUCAGUCUUGAUGGAAGUGGGAAUAGUGGAUCUCUGGGUGUCGAAGAUGCAAUGAGCCUUCUGAAGGGCUAUCAACAGUUGCAUCUUUCAGGAUCUUUACUAUCUGUACUAGGAAAGAAGGAAGGAAAGCAAAUGGGAGAAAAGCUGUUAGCACGAGUUUUUCAAUUUGGACGCGAGUUUCCUCCAAUACUUGAAACUAUUGCAUCAGAAAUGGUUAGUCUGUCCCUUGCAUUAGGGACAAGUGUACAACGGCUUGUGGAGCUUUGUCUGGACGAGGAAACCAUCAGUCUCCCUCUGCAAACCCGGAAGGCAAUGCCUGGGGGAAUUUUCUAUUUGAACUUUCGGCGAUUGAUCGUUCAGCAGGUCAGGUUCUUCUUCAGAGAUUGUUUGGCUUUCAUCCUAAAAGCUGCUGUAGGGAAUCGAACGGCAAGGCUUCUUAUUAACGCAGUUCUGGAUGAUGAAAUCAAGUCGAUUGAGCAAGGCUCAAGUCUCUCCAGGGAUAUCUUUUUGAAGGAGAUGAUUUUGCAUCUGAAGUGUCUGCAUCCCUGUUGCGCAUCAUAUGCCGGACUUGCCGACAAGCAAUUUUUUCUAGAGAUUCUUCAGAAGGUCCUGUUGCUUGACCUCAGGUCGGAAAACCUUCUCCAACACGAUCAAUCAUCUCGCAGCUUCAUUCAGGAGUCCUUCAUUUCUUGUAUAGAUGGAGCCGAGAAUGCAGGAGACAGCAUUGAUGGUAUUUCAGAUAAAGAAGCCAGCAUCACCUUGAAAACUCAUGUCUUUGUUCUUGUACCGUUAUUUUUCAAGCCCACUUUUGGACAAGAAUUCCAGUCUCGUCUAUGCAGGUCCUUGACCAAGGUGGUUUCGGACAAUCUCCUGGUAAGGGAGGCUGACCUACCCAAGGGCUCAAUCCAGAGGGCCAUGUAUACGAGGAUGCUAAGUAGACUGCUCGAAGCUGUAUCUUUGAGUUGCAGUGUAACUCUCUUAGAGAUCCUUUUUCCUCUUCUUCUUGAUCCUCCCAAAUUUGCUGUGAGAACGUUGUUCGACUCCCUUGAACUUUUGUCUCAAAAUAUUGGCGAGGAAAGAACAGCUUGUUUGAACCUCUGUAUCCAAUUACUGGGUGACUCGACUAAACUUCCACAAUUGAGGAGAGCUGUGAUUGAUAGAGUAUUUGUUUCUCUGAUGAACGCGGCUUCACCACUAUUUGUGGCAGACUGGUACUCCAAGCGGAUUAAAGUUAUUGUCGAUGCGUUAGGAAAACCAGUUAAUAGUAUAGACGCAGAGACAGAGGAGGAAUGUCUGGUUGUAAAGGUGUGCCACUAUUCACUUUUAGAGCUUCUUUUCUUGAAAGUUGAUGCUCCUUUGAUCAAGGAGAAGAUCACUCCUUCAGCAUCAAAUGCAUCCUUGAUGAAGGUGACUAUGAGUGAGUCUCGAGCCAAAAACGAUCCCGUGACUUGUCUCCACUUCGAAAAUUGCACUUUGUGGCGAGACUUGCACAUUUCGGCUUACAAGGCUCUUGCAGCAAUCACUCUCCGUACUCAAGAGCAGGAGAAGGUCUUCGGGCUCUUGUUUAAAGAAGGGUCUACAGGUAUGAUUUGGCAGCACCUCGUAGACACUAUCAAAGUUUAUAAUGAGUUGCCAGUGGAGACGAAUCAGUUAGCUUCCUCCUUUCAAACUGUUAGAGGGAUGAGGGAUGAGCGGAGAUCAAGAAAGACUGCUCAAGGAGAUAUCAGUGCUAGUCUUAGCACCCUUUCUUCUCAGUAUGUUGUUAACAUAGGUUUAAGCCAAGAGCCGGCAGUGAUCAGUUCAUUUGUCAGCCAGUCCAAGGAUCAUUCGGAAGGUGACUCGGCUAGUUUGGGAUUGGAAUUUAAUCUUGGAGAAGGAGAAACGGUCGCUAGCGGGGACAAAUCUGUUCAGGAAAAUAGUAGUGUCUCUGAUCAUAUGGUCGAUACGAUACCUUCAGAUCAAGACGAUUUUGACCAGCAUCCAUGUAUGGAGGUAUUGUUGAAGUUGAUAGAGAGGUUACAUUCUAAAUUUGGAAGUGGGAAUCGGGAGAUGCCAGAGUGGAUGAAAGCUUUGCACUCUACCUUGCAAAAUGCGGGUACACACAUUAACAUACGUCUUUUCCUUACGAAAGUGGUGGUAAGAACCUGGAGAGUGUUUGCUCCGUUUGCGCAAGUUUGGUUCAUCCCAGUUGUGCAGACUAUCCUUAUCGAUCCUGAGAAGUCAGGAGGCAUGGCCUUUCAUUACAUGCUGAGAGACAUCUGUAUAACGAUCUUACAGUGGAACCUCCCGUGUCCUCCAGACCCAGGAAUGGCAUCAGAAUUCAUCACGCACUUGAUGAGAGUUGCAGCUCAUCCAUCUAGUCCGGUUUUGCGGGCAAAUGUUGAUAUCAUUCGAAUGUUUAUAGAUACUUGGAAGAAAGUUCUCCAGUUUGACAAGAACAUCAUACUAGAAAAACUGGCUUUCGGUGGAAAGGGUGCCAGUGGUACAGAUCGUUCUGUAAGAAUGCAGAGAGCACUGGGCUUGCAGCUAUUUGGGGCCAUAGCAGCUUCAGGCCUUCCGUUGUAUGAUCCUGCCUGUGACAUGUUCAUAGAAAAAGAUCUCUAUCAAGUUUUGCUUCAAAAUCUGAACUUCAAAGGCAAGGAGAUCUACGAGGCCUCUGGAGAGUUGAUAGGGAUCGUGCUAAAACAACGACACCAGGCUGCUCAGGAUUUUAGGAGGCCGUUAGACGAACAGAUGCUUGAAGCGCCUCUAAAGCAAUGUCUUCUGAAGUUUUGUAGAGAAAGUAACCUUGACUAUUUCUUAAACAUCUUGUACAAGAUAACCUUCCGAUUCCCGCAGUAUGGUGAAGCUUUUGCCUCCCUUCUAGUUGACCUACUUCCCAAACUGCCGGGCGUGUUGAAAGUGAUCACUCUCGAUAUUUUCCUGCGCUUUCCUAGCUGUCUAAGGAGUCUCCUCAGCAUGCUUCUCCCUACUCUAACAAAGAUAUUAACUCAUCGGGACGAGUUUGCCCAGCUCAAAUGCCUUCAGCUUCUGCUGGAGCUGAUGAAGGAUGUGCCUGAUCAAAGUAUUCACGAGAAAGUACUGCAUGUUGUUUGUGAGACAUUCCCAACUCAUGAGAGCGUGGAUUGCCGAAGACUGUAUUAUGAUCUUCUCAUCUGCCUCCAUGCGAUAGAGGGCCUCAAAUCUGACAAUUUACUUAUCCGGUCUUUGCUCGCUGGGCUGACUGAUAGCGCGGAGAUUGUGAGAUCAACCGUGCAAAAGUUCUGGAGUUCCAUCUUAUCACAGAAUUUGCGAGAGCGAUUAUCACAAAUGAUCAAUCUGAUGUACGAUCCUUCCGUGGAAGAAAAUUGGGCGCAGUUCACCAACGUUCUCCUCCUUAAGCUCUGCGAAGACUCUGUGGACUACAAAAGACCAAUUUUCAAUGCGCCGCUUUCAGAUUGUGAAUUUCACGAGUACACCAUAAAUACAUCCUACUUGGGUGGUAGCUUGCCAAUGACACCUCUUUUCUCACAAUCACAAGCCUUCCCUUCUUCUCAAGAUAGUCGCUCACAAGCAGUGCUAGCAUCCCAAAAUUCAAAAGAAGAUGACGAAAUGAUUCCCAGACAAGCGGGGAUGAUCCGAGCAACAUACACAGCAACUUUAUCCCAAACUCAGGAUACACUCUCUAGCUACCCCCUAGCUAGUCAAGAAAGCUCGUUGUUUGCGAUGUCGAGAAAGUCCAGCGUCACUCACACCCAGGUAACUUCUCAAGAAACCGGAUCAUCAACUGAUUCAUUACCAGGCUUGAGGAGAAGGAUUCCCUUGGCAAAUGCUGCUCGUUCACAAGUUAUAAGAAGCGUUUUGAACGCAAAUAGAAGAAGGGAAGCACGCGCAGCACAACAAGCAUCGGAGCGAGCAAACAAGAUUCACAUGAUGAGGAGUUAUCGUACAGGUGAGUUGCCAGAUAUUGAGAUCACGCAUGCCGAUAUUCUAGCACCCCUUUCUUCACUAGCUGAGAAGGAUGCCACGUUUGCAAGACUGCUGGUUACUGUCAUUUGCAGAGCAGUUUAUUCUCAGCCAGCUGGUCGACAGGAAGACAUUACCUCAGACAUCAAAAGCCAGAUGACACAAGGAAUAGGAAAGGCCUUGGAGAAGACCAGCAAUGGUAUAUCCUUUGUGGGCUGCAUAGAAGCAAUAUGCUUGGAAGAUGCAACAAUCUGGAUCCAGCCAAGACUCAUAGGCCAAGCGAGUUUGAAAUCAACAAACUUUCAUUCUGGCAUUCUGCUGUUAGAACAAGAAUUGUUGCACGAGACAUUCAAAGAAACCGCCACUCCAGGCUCUAGCAGUAAACGGCAGAAGGGAGCAGCGGGAAAGGUCAUGAAGGAACAGCGAAAUAUGCAGGAAGCUUGGUUGGAACUAGCCCAUCUGUACAAGGAACUUGGCGAGGAAGAUAUUGUCCUUUCAGUUUACCAGAAGAAACUAACGGAGAAACCGAUCACUCAAAAGGCACUGGAAGCUCAACUCGGAGGUGACCCAGGCAGAGGACUUAUACUGUACGACCAAGCACUUGACACAGUCGACGAGGAUUCUGGUUCUUACGGUGAUCAAGCAACUCAGGUUGAGCAAGACAUCUGGUACAAUCAGCGGCUUGCAUGCCUAUUGGACCUCAAUAAUUGGCAGCUGCUGUUAGAGGAUACCCUCACACAAGUACGAACUGAUGAUUCAGCAGAGCCAGAUCUCCAAAAGCUUUGGGAACCCAACCUCAAGGAUCCAUAUUUAGGUUUGUUCGUACGAGGAGCAGCCAAACUGUCCACGUAUGGGUCUUUGGCAGAUGAAUUCGUCCAAUCCUCUUUCAAAGAACCGCUCAAAAGAGAAGUUCUUUUAAAGAACUAUGGCACUCAGCUCGCAACGUUAGCUGUAGUUAAUGACCAAUUCGAUCGGGCUCGAUAUUACAUCUCAUAUUGUUAUAAGAGUUUCAGGAACCAGUGGGCUGCACUUCAUCCAUUGGCCAUUGGAGCAAGACAUCGUCAAGUGCAAAAGCUCCAGAAGAUCACAGAGUUGGAUGAGUUUGUUGAAAUGAUGACUAAUCAACAAAGUGAACAGUUACCGAGGAAACUUGUGGAGUGGAGACACCGUUGGCCUUCAUCGAAACUGGAUAGUGUCGAAGCAUGGGAUGAUAUCGUGAAAAAUCGUCUGGUCUUUUUCCAUAAAAUUCAGGGUCUUGUAAAUAGGCAAGUCUCAACAGGAUCCGUGCUCCUUGGAGCUACUGAUACCAGAGACAAGAAAUCAGAAGCUCUUGCUUCCAAACUUGAUCAAGAACGUGCCCAUAUUUUCCAUCAAGCGGCUGUAGGUCUCAGAAAAGUUGGUGCAUACAACGCUGCACAGAGUUAUAUGGAGGAGCACAUGGCUGCCCAUCAGGGAACAGUGAAGAAUGGCGCACUCGAUUUCAAAUUCUUCAAGGGACUUGUUAAGCUUCGUUGUCUGCAGGCUGAUCGCGUUAAGCUCAUCGAAGCCAGUGAAGCAACAGAGAUGCUGCAGCAGGUUUUGAAUUAUGUCAAAUCUACCGCUCAGAAGCCAUGGGUUGAGAGCAGUCACGACUGGCAGAUGGGCCUGAGAUUGCUUGAAGCGACUGUCUCAUCUCAGCUAGCUUGGAUGAACCUUGAUCAAGCGUCCAAGCUUGACACGAGCUCUUCUACUUUAGAUGUUUCAUUGUCUUUGCUUGGUUCUGCUUAUGGUGCAUAUUCGGAUAUUGUUUCAGAGCAGUUUCUGGCUCUAGGUAGGGAGAAACCAAAAGCAUCUCGCCAGCUGGCGAAGAUCUCUCUCAGUUUUGGUCUCUUUUGUGAUGAGCUGCUUAAGGCAGCAAAGAGUAUGGAGUGCAGGGAUGAUAUUCGGUCUGGGAUUCUCCAGGGACAUGCCACAGCAAGGCUUCCACCAGCGAGUGCCUAUCCCUCCGUUAUCGUCAAGCAUAUGAUGGAAGCAAUCUCACUGGACGCCUCCGUUCGAGCUCAGCACGGACUUGCAAGGGUUCUAUCUCUGGUCGGCCAAUAUCCAGAAACGCACACCCAGUUUGCUGAUGUCGUCAAACAGGUUCCCUGCUGGGUCUUCAUUUCGUGGAUACCCCAGAUGCUAGCAGUAAUGGAUCAAGACGAGGGUAAUAUUCUCGUUCCUGUUCUCGAGAAUGUUGCUAAGUUGUACCCACAAGCCCUCUACUUCCCAUUCCAUGUCAGUGUGAAGGACUUCGGUCCACAAGGACGAAGGAAAACCAGAAGACUGGCAACUCUGUUGAAGAGUGUGUCACUGGAAGGCAUGGUUCGAGGAUUAGAAGAUCUCACAUUUCCCGAGCAAAGGUUUCGAGAUGGCCUGUCUCAAAUGAAAAAUUGCCUGAUAGCUGGUGACAAGGAAAGGGCUCUUGCGGUAUUUGCUGAGAUUUACGAAGACUGCCUGAAUGUGAAUGUCAUGCGCAAGUCACUUCGUGGAGCUGGUGAAUACAAUCUCAAAUUUGGUCGUGAUUGGUCGAAGCGAGUCAUAAAGGCUCUGGGAGAAAAUGGAAGCAAACUGGUCAAGAUGGAUGAGAAGAAGUUUAUGUCAGCUGUGGGUGACCUCCUGGCAAAUCUGCAAAAAGCCAUGCUGAACUUGCAAACAGGAGUGAUGAGUCUGGGACAUUUGUCUAAAUGGAUGGCCGACUUUGACCAGCAAACUCAGAUUUCUACGAACCAGGAAUCUUUGAGUGGCGGAGGGGGAAGCUCCUCUAAAGCUGCCUUCAGAAGCUCUGAAGGUGACAUUGAAAUACCUGGUCAGUAUGCAGGCUUUCGUGAACCUAGCCCUGACCUUCAUGUCAAAUUGCUGGGCUUCGAUCAAACACUGAUCUGCUUAAGCUCGAAACAAAGACCAAAGGUUUUGACAAUGAGAGGGUCCGACGAGGAGGAGUACAAGUUCGUCGUCAAAGGUGGCGAGGACCUCCGGUUAGACCAGAGAAUCGAGCAGCUCUUUGAAGUGAUGAACAGCAUCUUACAGAGGGAUUCGCAAGCUGCUCGACGGGGUCUGACAAUCAGAACAUUUGCCGUCGUUCCAGUGUCCAAGUCUUGCGGAUUGCUGCAGUUUGUGGAGAACACAUGCGUGUUGGAGGAUGUGAUCAAGGAUGGGCUGCUCUGCAAAAUGCCCAAUCUACGACGUGAAGGAAAGGAUGCGCCUCUCGCAUUCCUUCACAAACUGAGAGCCCAGUAUCACGAGUGGAUCAUGAAACGAGGAGGACCAUCACAAGCUCCCCCCGAGUGCUACCGGAACAUGUACCAGAAAGCAACCAGCGAUGAAGUGACACAGAAAAUGAGCAGCAUUGAAGCGCAGAUGCCGUGGGAUACAUUCAGGGCGGGCGUGUCGAGGUGGGCCACCAGUGCAGAGUCAUUCCUGGCCUUGAGGUCGCAGUUCGCCAAGAGCCUUUCCGUCAUAAGCAUCUGUGGUUAUGUCGCCGGAGUGGGUGAUCGACAUUUGGCCAACACAUUGGUGGACAUGCGCACUGGGGCUUUGGUCCCGAUCGACUUUGGCUACAGCUUUGGAACGGGAGUCAUUCUGCUUCCAGUCCCAGAGCUCAUUCCUUUCCGGCUGACCAACCAGCUGCUCAACUUUCUCUUGCCCUUGGAUGCCCUGGGCUUGCUACGAACGGACAUGGUGCACACAUUGGCUGCCUUGCAUGCAAGCCGGGAAGUCAUCUCCGCGGUGAUGGACGUGUUUGUGAAAGAGCCUCUGGUCGACUGGAAGAACGAGGCGAUGAAAACAAGUAGUAAUUUCAGAGAUAGGAAAGAUGGUGCGGAAAUGGAAUCAACUUUUGAGCAACAACACGUCGAGCUUAAAGUGGAAAACGCCCAGCGAAAGCUGGAGCUUUGGAACCCUGCUGCCAUUACCAUUGCAGAGCUGAGGUCAUCUGUACACGCAAGGAAACCCUACUCGAAAGCGCUAGAAUCAAUAGUGAGGGGCAGUCCAGAUCGCAACAUGCGAGCUCGGACCAUGGGCAACAUCUGUCAAUCGAUCCGGGAACAGGUCGACUGUCUCAUCGAUCAGGCCACAGAUCCAAAUCUUCUGGGACGAAUCUGGCAAGGGUGGCAGCCGUGGGUGUGAUUCUCGGUGCUCCUUUUUCCCAGUGAUUGUUCCUCAGAGGAGUCUGUUGACGUCGACAGAGAUCCGACUCUCGUGUUCUCUAUCUUCGAUCCCAGCCCUGAAAACCUCUGCGAGAGCAGCAGAAGAUAGUCGGAACAGCAGCUGCUGCUACGAGUAGCGUUUGGGACUCAUAGAAUCCAAUAUUUUAUUCAUAUUCACUUUCUUUACUUCCUUGAGAUUAUCUGCGAUAUUUUUUUAUUGGUUCAAGUUUUAAAUUUCAGUCCAGAAGCGGAAGAAUGGCCGGCUGGCUGGAAUGGUAUCAUUUCCAUGGGCGCGAAAUUAUCGAUCAUGAGCAAUUUCAAGUGAAAGAGCAAGCGAAACUGAAACGAUGGAAGCACGUGCG